AUCUCCAAAAGGAGAUUCGGCUGUACCGAGCUACAAUCCUCAUGAGAAAAAGUCAUUUUACAAUUUAAAAAAAAAAAAACUUGUUAAUUCGAUCAUUUCAGCACAAUCUUUACCCGCCUCCUCGUCUGUAGAGUGCUGCUCGUCGAUCGUUCUCUCUUUUCACCCAUCACAGCCGGUAAACCGUACACCCAUCACCGGCAGUGACUUUGUCGGGCAAAUAGUGUUUUUGCUUUUAUUUCUAUAUAUAUAUAUAUAUAUAUAUAUAUUUUUAUGGUUUUCGUAUUUUCUCGCUUUUGGGUAAAAAAUAUUUCAGAUCUGGGAAGUUACUUUGUGUUUGAAGUGUGUAGGUGUUUUGUGUCCAUUUGGGCUUCUGAAAUUCAGAUCUACAAGAAAACUAUCUUUUUUUUUGAUCGUCUCUACUGUUUGCGUAUAAAUUGCAAUGGCAUUUUUUACCAAUCAAGCAGCGUCAUCUUCCUCUUCCUCUUUCACCCGUCACCAGUACGAUGUCUUCUUGAGUUUUAGAGGCGAAGAUACCCGCGUUGGUUUUACAAGUCACUUGUAUCAAGCCUUGUGUCAAGAAGGUCUUAACACUUUUAUUGAUAAUGACCUCCAUAGGGGAGAAGAAAUUCCUGCAGAACUUCUUAAAGUCAUUGAGGACUCAACAAUUUUGAUAAUCGUAUUUUCUAAAAACUACGCAUUUUCCAGCUGGUGCUUGGAUGAACUUGUCAAGAUUAUUGAGUGCCUGAAGAAUGAUCAGGUGGUGUUACCAAUUUUUUACAAAGUGGAUCCAUCAGAAGUACGACAACAAAAAGGAAAGUUCGGGGAAGCAUUGACUAAACAUGAAAUAAAAUUCAGGGAUAUCAAAAAGGUGCAAAGAUGGAAGAAUGCUCUGAAAGAAGCAGGCAGUCUUUCUGGUUUCCAUUACAAGGAGGACGGUUGCACCGAGUACAAAUUUAUUCAAGGAAUUCUUGAAUUUAUCAGAAGAACUAUAACAAAACAGAUGCCAUUAUUUUCUGCUAAAUACCUUGUUGGAAUAGAUUCUCAUGUAGAGGCCAUAAAAUUGUUUUUAGAUAUUAAGUCAAAUGAUGUUCGCAUGGUAGUAAUCUAUGGCUCUGCUGGAGUAGGUAAAACAACAAUUGCAAAGGCUGUUUAUAAAAACAUUUUCAAGCAUUUUGAACAAAGCAGCUUUCUUGAGAAUGUUAGCAAAAAGUCACAGACAAAUGGUGUGAUCCAACUUCAAGAGACACUACUGUUUCAGAUCUUAGGAGAUAGCAACUUAAAGAUUCACAAUGUAUCUAAAGGAAUCACUAUGAUAAAGGAAGUUCUUCUCCAUAGAAAGAUUCUUUUAAUUCUGGAUGAUAUAGAUAAAUUGGAUCAAAUAGAAAAAUUGCUUGGAAAAUGUGAUUGGUUUGCUUCUGGAACUAGAAUCAUUAUAACAACAAGAGACAAAUACUUGUUAGAUUCUCUUGUCAAUGUUGAUUUAAGCUAUAAGGUUAAGGAACUAGAUGACUACAGAGCUCUUGAACUCUUUAGUUGGCAUGCCUUCCUAAGAGACACACCCAAGGAAGAUUAUUUGGAACUUUCAGAACAAGUUAUAGUUUAUGCUAAAGGCCAUCCAUUAGCUCUAACAAUAAUGGGUGCUAGUUUUUGUGGAAGAACUAAACAAGAAUGGGAAAAUGCCUUGGAUAAGUAUAAAAGGAUUCCUAAACUAGAAAUUCAAGAAAUAUUGAAAUUAAGUUAUGAAGCAUUGGAUACAAAUGAACGGGAGAUUUUCCUCCAGGUCGCAUGUUCCUUGAAUGGAAUGAAGAAGGUUACUGUUGAAGAUAUACUCAAAACUGAAGGUUUAGAUAUUGUUGAUGGAAUUAAAAAACUUACUGAUAAAUGUCUCAUUACUGUUGAUCAAUUUGGCACGUUGUGGAUGCAUGACCUUUUACAACAAAUGGGUCAAGAAAUUGUUCAACAAGAAUCACCACAAAUGCUCAAGGAUUGUAGUAGGGUAUUAAUAGAAGAUACACUCCUCCUUAGAUACUGCAUCUACUUAUCAAGUGACCAUGGUGCGCGGUCUGGACGUUCUCUAUCUACUCUCGAAAUGUACGAAAGUGACAUUAAGAGAGACAAGGAUGCCUCUUGGGUCAGUGCGCACUAUGAUAAAAAGGGAAACAGACCUUUGUUUCUUGAUCGAAGUGAAGAGAGAAAGAUGGCGAAUUUGUCGCUGGAAUCAUUGCCUUUGGCGUUCAGAUUUAGCCCAACGGACGAAGAACUCAUAAACCACUACUUGAGGCUGAAGAACCAGGGUCAUGAUUCCGGGGUCCAGGUCAUUGCCGAAGUCGACUUUUAUAAAUUUGAUCCCUGGGAAUUGCCUGAUUUGUCAGCUAAAAAGUUGGGCAAUGAGCAGUGGUUCUUCUUCUGCGAGCUCCAGAUUGCCUCUCGUUUGAAUAGGAUAACUAAAUCAGGCUACUGGAAAGUCACCGGUAAGGAUCGCCACAUCAAGUCCAGCAAGUCGGGGCCCAGUAACUCCAGCUUGAUUGGUAGUAAGAAGACCUUAGUUUACCACCAAGGUCGUGCUCCCGGCGUGCGCACCAGUUGGGUUUUGCACGAGUAUCGUGCCAUCGAUACUCACCAGCUUGAGGAGUCAAGUAGUGGGUUACGAGCGAGUGUUAGAAUUAUGUGCUCUCAAAAACAAUACUGGGUCAAUUGCAAUGUGUUGAUGGACAUUAUUGCAAUAUGUAGAAGUUCAGAUAUUUUCUUGAUAUGA